UUAGACAAAUUUCAAGUUCAAUAUAACCAACUAGGAUGCAAAAUUCACAAGUGAUCGGUAAGGUGAAUGAAGGACUACGUCGCUGUUGGAGUCAUCAUCGUCGACUGUGCGAUGAUAUUGCCGAGCUGGACAGAUUGUUUGGUCAGGACGAGUUCCUAUUGAAUCCCCGCCGGCUAUGGCAGCUGAUCCAGCAGCAACAGCAUCGCCAGGACGAGUUCCUUGAGCCAGAAAUAAUGGAUGUGGAGAGUCGGAUGGGGUUAUUGAAUUCUAGGAAGUGCUUAAUAAGUCAAACGUUAAUACCAAUUAAAAUUGAAAAGGUAUAUAAAAAUAGUCCUACGUUUAAAACCCCCAAAAUAAUUCGACCCUUGCGGAAGUUACUGCAACCGGAAAACUCAUCAAGAACCAAUUCAAAAGAUAGCACCAAUCCCCGUCCAGCACCCACACCAUUACCUUCGCCGGAACGACGUCCCAGGAUGAACUUUGGUCGUCCUCUACGAAAGUUGAUGGCUCGUAACGGCGGCCAGAAUCUACAAAAAAAUUAAAUCAGUGUGAAAUCAUAAGAGAUGCCAAACGGUAGAUGUCUUUUGGCCGAAUCCUUAAGAGAUCCUUGGAAGAGAAGUAAGAAGAGCCAGUGUUUUCUUAAGGAUUACCCCCAAAAGCCUACCCCAUCUCCUUAGCAAGUUUUGUUUCGGUUUUGGUUUCGGUAUUUCGGUAUUUCGUGCUGAUCUCGUUAUUGUUAUGAAUAAGUUAAUAACAUGGCGGAAGGCUUCUUUUGUCGUGGCCCAAAACAACUAACCAACCAACCAACCAACAACAACAACAAACACACAACAAGAGGCAACAGCGCUUAUUAAAUGAUUGAAGCUUU